GCCAGCAGACGCAGUGGACCGAGCAUGAGCUGAAUGCGCCACGUUCUGCUGGCAUCCAUUGCGCCAGGCGGGGUGAUAGGCUUCGUGGGCUACCCAAAUGUCGGCAAGAGCUCCGUCAUCAACGCGCUGUUCGGCGCAAAGAAGGUGUCCAUGAGCCGCACCCCCGGCAAGACGAAACACCUGCAGACCCUCGAGCUGACCGGGGGCCUCUCGCUGUGCGACUGCCCUGGGCUCGUCUUCCCGUCGGUCGUGGCCACGAAGGCACACCUCGCCAUCAACGGCACGGCGCCGCUGCAGGAGCUCCGGGACUGCGUGGCGCCGGUGAGGCUGGUGGUCCAGAAGCUGGGUGCGCCCGCCGUGCUGGAGCGGUGCUCCGGACGCCGUCUUCGUCGCGACCAUCGAUCUGUAAGGCUUCGGGCUGCGCAAAAAGCCAGCUCUCCCCCAGGCAGUCCCCGCUGGCCUUGGCAAGGCUCCACGGCUGCCUGCGCACGGCCCGCAGCCUCGCCAUCAUCCACCGGAGAGCGUCGAGGAGGGGGGCACAUUUCUCCUCCAGCUCGGCGCGGCGGCCCGAUCGGGCGGCUCUGAGCACCCUUGGCAUCGCUCGGACGCGUGCAAUUUUUCCUUCGGCG